CCUUAGCUUGAGGCAAACUCAAGGCCUUUACUUAGUCUCUGUCAUAAACCAGUUGGUCCCAAUAACUCGAGUUGUUGGGAGAAGGUUAUGUUGGAUCUUAUACCACUCUCUAACAGUCUGGCAUUCCUCAAUGGUAAAUGUGAUGAAUUUAUUCAAUAAAGACUUUGAUUGAAUCCAUUCAAUGGAGACUUCGAUAAGUUUUUACUAAACUUUUCUCACCUCAACUCCCUAUCACCGGGAUUUUCAAUCAUGAAAUAAAACCUACAAGUCUAAAUCAUAUAAAAAUAUUCAUAUUAAGGGUGUUCUAACUAUUAUUUAUUUGAUAUUGGGAAAACCACAUAUCUUACUGAUUUCACUGUCCAGUUUGAUAAUCUAGUUGCAAAUUUGUGUUCAAGGGAGCAACAAGAGGAUUUUCGCUGAAAGCAAGAUACUCCACCAUUGAUGGUUAAACAUUCUGGUAUUUUAGCACAUGCUGCUGCCGUAUAUACCAUUACUAUGUACAUGGUGUUCCAGAAAGAAUUCCUAUCUAGCAUCGCAACUACAUGGACAGAAUCAGGUACUGAUGGGUCGACAAACACAUAUGAGGUGAAAGAAGAGGGGCGUAGUAGAGUCCGUACAGUGCAUUUUGAUAUGCAGAAGAAUGAGGUUUUAUGUUCCUGCAAGAAGUUUGAGGCAAAGGGGAUACUUUGUUGUCAUGCUUUAAAAAUUCUUAAUAUCAGGAACAUUACGAAGCUACCCACGGACUAUAUUUUGAGACGCUGGACCAAAGAGGCAAAAAGAGGAACGAUGGAGUAUGAGAAAGAUCCAACUUCUAUUUAAAACUGAAGAAGCAUAAAUAGUUUGGCGAAGCUCUAUGAUGCGUAUAGCGAGCGGUUUCAUAUAAAAAAGUCAACAACAUGAAAACAUUAGGAAAAUAUGUCAAGAAAGUUUGUUGAAUCUUGAGUUGAAAGUCGAGCAAGAAUUAGCUAAAGUAGACAUGGGUAGCCAUGUUGAGAAAGAAGGUGGUGAUUCAGAAGCAAAUGAAACCCCAGUACUAGAUCCUCCUCAAGCUAAGUCAAAAGGAUCGAAUGGUAGAGUAAAAGGACACUUUGAGGAGCGUACACCAAAAUCAGGAAAAACUUCAUCAAGCAAGUAUUUCAUAUUUAGUGCCUCCUUAUUUGUUAGAAUUAUAAAAAAAAUUGUUUUAUUAAGAAACUACUAAGAGGGCGUUUCAGGGAAAAAGCCUCAAACAAAUGCACCUGAAGUCCUGAACAAAGCCAAAGGAACCUUGGUAGGAGUGUAGGACCCUACAUUGGCAAACUCUUCCACAGGUACGUGUCAAUCUAACUUGUUAGUGAUUCCAAUGGUUCUUUGGGUUUUUUCCUGAAUAUGAGAUUUCAAUUAUCGUUCCAUGUUUUCAAUAUGUAGUCAAUGCCAAGUUUUAGUAUGCCUCAACCUACUGGACUCAACAAUUUUGCAUUAGGAGAGCAGCCAUUUAGUUGCCUCAAGCUACUGGUUUCAAUAAUUUUGCAGCAGAACCACUGGUAGUUUAUCUCUUCCAUUUUUUUUAGUUUCGCCUACUUUUGUGUAUAUUACGUCUAAUAAAUAUUGAAUGUUGUGACAUCGCGGGUCAGUUCCAAACCUUUCCUACAUGAAUAUGAUGUCAAAUACUAGUCCAAGUCCAAUGGGUCUUGUUAAUCAGGUUCAAUUUACCCUACGAAAUAUGUCCAAAACUGUGUUCAACAACUUAUCAUGGUUGAUUAUAUACUUGUCACAAUUACAAAAUGUUUUGCCUCAAUCAUACCCGAAAAAUUCAGUGUGGCCAUUCUUAUAUGCAAAUCAGGUUCAUCCUUUAACUAAGAAAAAUAUAAUGAUUUUUGGCUUCUCCUAUUUGAAUAUUAUUUGAUUCAUUUCUCUAACAUAUCAUCCUACAUUUUAUCAUGAUUGCAGACUUCAGAAACAGGAAAUGGGGCCUGAAGGUUGCAGCUCAGGAGCAACCUCGAAUUUCUUUUAUCUUACAUUGCAUUUUAGACCACUCAUGGGCAUGGAACUACUAUUUCCAACUUGACUGUUAUCGUUAUGUCUUAAUCAUUUAAGUUGGUUAGUACAAGUUUAAGUUGAUUGUCGAAUAUUAUGCAAUUUACCAACUUGUUUUGCUCAAUUGCUUUUUUCCACGUUCGAUGUUGCUGCUGUAAAAAAACUGCAGAUUUUGCUUCUAAAAAUGCUACUGCAAUUUACUUCCCAUUAAGAUAUUCACAACUUUGUUUCUCUACAUAGAUCACUUAUGGUCUCUACUUACAUCAGGCAAACAUCCCUCUAAUGAUAACAUGCAUAUGCUACUGCUUCCAUCUAAAAUUACUUAUACCCAUUCAAUUGAAUCAUUAUAUUACAUUUGAAAUUGAAAAUAUAACCACUAAACGACCACCAAAACAAUGCUUCCAAAUCAUAAUACAAGCCCAAACCACCAAUGUCCUGCUAGCACAACUUAGAACCAAAUCGAUCAUGCAGGGGAAGAAGAGAGAUGAAAGAAGAUAAGAAGGAGAAUAAAAGAAUAAAAAAUAAAAGAAUAGAAAUAAUGAGAACAAGUUGUCGUCCAUACUAAUUCCAGGUGUCAAUGUAUUAAUGGUGGGGGAGCUCCACAUGGGAUGUCUGACGUGGUGCGCCGAUCGAUACUCUGCCAAAUUAGCCAUGGCCCACCUGUCGCUGUCUUUCCUCAACUCCAUCCUUUCUCCCCUUUCACUCCAGCUUAUUAGAAUAAGCCCGCCACUCCCAACUUCACUUCAUCACUUCGAGUUCAUUCUAACACAGAUUCAGACAAGAUGGCGGCAAUUCCAAUUCCCACUCGGCAGCUGUACAUCGAUGGAUCCUGGAAGCUCCCCGUCCUCAACAAAUGCAUCCCGGUCAUCAACCCUUCCACUGAAGAGAUCCUUGGUGAUAUCCCAGCUGCUACUGCCGAAGAUGUCGAGGUGGCAGUCGAAGCAGCCCACAAAGCUUUCUAUAGAAACAGAGGCAAAGAUUGGGCCUUUGCCUCUGGUGCUUCUCGUGCAAAGUACCUGCGAGCAAUUGCUGCUAAGGUAGUGGAGAAGAAACCUCUGCUUGCGAAACUUGAAUCAAUUGAUUGUGGGAAACCUUACGAUGAAGCAGCAUGGGACAUGGAUGAUGUUGCUGGGUGCUUUGAGUACUAUGCUGACCUUGCAGAAGGCCUCGAUGCGAAGCAAGGGGCUCCAGUUUCCCUUCCCAUGGAAACAUUCAAGAGCUAUGUUCUCAAGGAGCCUAUUGGGGUUGUUGCAUUGAUCACUCCUUGGAAUUACCCAUUAUUGAUGGCCACAUGGAAAGUGGCUCCCGCUCUGGCUGCCGGGUGCACUGCUAUACUGAAGCCAUCUGAGCUCUCAUCUUUGACCUGCUUGGAGCUCGCUGCAAUUUGCGAAGAGGUUGGUCUACCCAGUGGUGUACUCAACAUUCUAACUGGCUUGGGGCCUGAUGCAGGUGCUCCUUUGGCGGCUCAUCCCAAAGUUGACAAGAUUGCAUUCACUGGGAGCUCAGCCACUGGAAGCCGUAUAAUGACUGCUGCAGCACAAUUAGUCAAGCCUGUAUCUAUGGAGCUUGGUGGGAAGAGUCCAAUUAUUUUGUUUGAAGAUAUAGAUCUUGAUAAAGCUGCUGAAUGGACCGUCUUUGGAUGCUUCUGGACGAAUGGACAGAUCUGUAGCGCUACAUCCCGACUCAUUGUACAUGAAAGCAUAGCGGCUGAGUUUCUUGACAGGCUUGUCAAAUGGGUAAAAAACAUCAAAAUAUCAGAUCCUCUGGAAGAAGGUUGUAGGCUUGGUCCAGUUGUUAGCGAAGGGCAGUAUCAGAAAGUUAUGAACUUCAUCUCAACCGCCAAGAGUGAAGGUGCCACUAUUUUAACGGGUGGCAUUCGCCCGAAGCAUUUAAGUAAGGGAUUCUUUGUUGAACCAACUAUUAUAACUGAUGUGACCACCUCCAUGGAAAUAUGGAGAGAGGAAGUUUUUGGUCCUGUUCUCUGUGUCAAAACAUUUGGUAGUGAAGAUGAAGCCAUUGACUUGGCAAACGACAGCGAAUACGGCUUGGCUGCUGCUGUGAUCUCGAAUGACGAGGAGAGGUGCGAUCGUGUGAGCAAGGCUAUUCGGGUAGGCUGUGUUUGGGUGAACUGCUCGCAGCCAUGUUUCUGUCAAGCACCAUGGGGUGGCAUCAAACGCAGUGGGUUUGGACGUGAACUUGGAGAAUGGGGACUUGACAAUUACUUGAGCGUGAAGCAAGUCACCAAGUAUAUCUCCAGUGAUCCGUGGGGCUGGUAUCAACCUCCCCCGAAGCAGUGAAAGAGUUCUUGGAGCAAUUGAACUGCUACUGCACGUCUGCACCUACCAAAACAACUACUACAAUAAAAGGAUGCAAUUAUGCUAGUUAAGUUGGCGAGUGGCAAAUUCGAGUGGUGCUUGUGAAGUGAAGAAUGUGUUUGUAUGUAAUCAUGUUAAACCCAGCUAAAAGUAUCAAACUUUUCGUUCAGGUCAGCGACCACUAUCUAGCAUUGCACUGGAAGAUUUGGCAGAAUAGCAUUGUACCAAACUCGGCCUUGAGACUGUAUUUUGAUAUAUUAUCUACUAGAUUUGGGCCCGCCCGUUGGUCGGGUACAUCUUAUCGAUGAAAAUUAUUCGGACCAAAUAUGCAUUUUAUAUAAUACGAUAAAGAAAUCCAAAUAAUUCAGUUACUAAAAUGAUAAAAAUGACAUGCAUCAAAGAGUUUCAUAGAGUUUUCUGACAUAUUAAAUGAUUCAUCGACGUAAGAAGUUGAGAUUAAAAACUAAGAUAAUAUCAAGAAGUCAAAUGCUAAUUAAAAAACUUAUUAAAUCGAACUAAAACUAUGGUCUACACCAUCAAUAUUAUCUUCCUUCGUAUCAACACUCAAACUGUCAUUAUCUCCAAUAUUUGAUCCACUACCUCCAUCAUUAAGCAUUCUUGUUUCUACAUUUCAUUGAAAACAAAAAUUUAAUAAUAAAAUAUUUACAAAUAUGACACGUCUGUUUCACACCGAUAGAAUUUACAAAUAUGAAAUAUAAACCUUAUAAUGGAAGUGCUAAUAAUUAAAAGGAAGAAGUGUCCUUCCUAGACACAUAAUCUCCUUCCCAUUUUUAUUAGCUGAUUAGCAUCUUUCUUUGGAGAUGGUGAGUGAACUGAUUAUUAAGAUUUAGGGGAUGAUGGCAUGAUUUUUUUUUUUUUUUUGACGAAAGGAUGAUGGCAUGAUGCCGCUUGAGUGUUGUCCUCCAAAAGAAUUCUCCAGCUCAAUUAUCUCUGGUCCAAGUAAAGCCCUUUCAAUUGUUUACGUGUCCCGUUUGCAAGGGAAAAAAGAAUGGGCCCAGCCCAGUUCGGUCAAUAAAUUGAUAGUGCAAUUACCAAAAUCUCCUCCCGUGGGUUACGCACAGAGCAGGAAAAAGGAGAUUAAGGGGGCUCAUGCCAAGAACCUCUAUAUAUUAUUGUUAGGAUUCAAAAUGUCAACUGUGUGUACAUAAUUUCAAUUCCUGUCUCCUAUUAGUCGUCUCGUCAUAUAUCUAAAAAGGGCCUAAAAAAUUGAAUAUUUCUUCCACAAGCUUCUCAAAUCACCGUGGAGAGCUAAUAGUCACUAAACCUCCGCUGAAAACAAUGCCAAAGCCUUGUAAAUUCUUUGAAUUCUGGACUGAACACCUGAAUUUAUUUGGUUAUUGUUCAGCAAGCCUGGUCUAUACAGGUAACUGGUACUCACUUGACUAUCAUACAGAGUGAAAUGAGGGAGGUAAAAAAAGAUUCUAAAAAAGCUUAACAGGACAGCAUAUUGCAGCAUAAGUGAGCAAGUGAAGGAGAUCGAGGCUAAGCCUAAUGAGGCAAUGCUGGAGGCUUUGAAUGAGCCAUCUGAAGUUAGUCUUGGGAAAGUAGCAGACCUACAUGCUCAAUUCAAUGAGCUGCACAAAUCUGAGGAAAGUUCUUAUUGCAACAAAAAUCUAUAAUUUCCUUGUUGUCACUUGGUGAUAUGAGUACAAAAUUUUUUCAGGCUGUAAAAAUUAGAAAUUUUACAAAAACCCAUCAGAAGAAGUUGUAAGGAAGGAUCUGUAGUUUGGACUUUGGAGAUUAAACCCUGUGAUUGUUGAUUUUGAAUGCUAAGAUCCAUAUGUAAUAACCAAAAAGAUGCCAUAUUUAAACUUAGAAAUGAAUGAUAAGAUGUGGCAUGGAUAUACAUAGUAAUGUCGGCAUCUCUAAAUCGAGGAGAAUUCUUUCCAUCAUUCCAUGUUGAAUGCAAUAGAAUGCCACAGAAUCA